CUUGGACUCUUUGAAAGGAAAUCAUGGUGGUAACCAAAUGGUCUCCCAACCUUCGUCCUAAUGAAGAUUCUCCAAUUGUGCCGGUUUGGGUGAUUAUCCCAAAUCUCCCCAUUCACCUCGAUGACCAAAAAGCUUUAUUAUGCAUCACCUCCAAAUUGGGUAAACCUCUCAAGGUUGACAACGCCACACUCAACUUCUCUCGUCCUAAAGCUGCGAGAGUCUGCAUUGAGAUUGACGUGUCCAAAAACCUACACCAGAAGAUCCACGUCAAGCAUAUUGAUGAUGACCUCUUUCUCCAGGUGCUGUACGAGGAUCCUCCUUCCUUUUGUGACUCUUGCCAUAGGCUUGGUCACAACGCCACCACCUGCAAGGGAGCUUACACCCGGAAAUCCCAAUGGGAAACCUACCACCGGUAGGAACCAUACAACCACCAUAGCAAAUGAAGAUUGAAACAUUGAGAUAUUUAAAACAGCUCAAGCACUUCCAAUGGUUCUAAACGGAAUUGCAAAAUUGUAGAUGCCAACAACAAUAAGCAAUUAAUCCAAGAAAAACUAAAUCAUAAGGGAUAAAGUCUAUACUCUCGUAAUUAAUUUGAAGUGCUUAGACUGGUGUUUGAAUUUGACCGGCCUCUGCGUGGCCCAGGAGCCGUCCAGCAGCUACUCCGCUAGGUUCCUUCGUUUAUUGUUGUGCGACUUGUGGUGCGCUACUGUCAAGAUGCGUCGCCUAGUUGCUGGAAUGCAGCGUCCGAGCGCUGGGGUGCUACGCUGUUUCUCUCGGCUAGGGUUUCGGAUUUGGAGCUGUAUAUUCGAUUGCAGAGUUCUUCUCCAUCUUUUAUAGAUGCUGAGAGAGAUUCUUCCGAUCUGGACUCUAAUGAAACUUGCGAUCCGGAUUUCUCGUUGUAGGCGGAGGAGGAAUGGCGCAAGUUCCGUCUCUUUUCUUCGCUACAGGAUCCCUCUUUUCUCUCGACUAUUUUCAAGUGUGCUGUGUGCACUAAGUUUCUUCGUUGGGAAUCCUAAUAAAAGAAAAAUAACAUUUAGACUUGAUAAAAGAACAUCAUUUAACAAUGGAUUUUUUUUUUUGAGGAAUUACCUAAAUAGCACUAAAACAUAAUGAUUUUCCCUAAAUAGCAUUAUAUAUGUUUUUCUUCCCAAUGUAGCACUUUUAGUCAUUAUGCAUUAGUCAUUAUUCAAGCAAAAUUUCGUCAUCACUAGACAUUAUGGACAUUAUAAGUGCUAUUUAGAGAAUAAAACAGUUUAAGUGCUAUUUAGGAAAAUGACUUAAGUUUUAGUGCUUGAUGGUGUAAAUUAUCGACCGGUAUACCGUUUUUAGCCCGGCUAAAACGAUAAACUAGUCUAAAAAUACACCAAGAUAUAAACACGGGGAUUUUGACGUGGAAACCCAAAUCGGGAGAAAACCACGGGCCUUUUUUGGCGGUACCUUGCCAACGGGGGAUUUUUAUUAAUAUCGGGGGUGUAUACACGGUACAUAAUUUAGGCGUAGAAGCCGUUAAUGGAAGCUUCAAAGCUUCUUGAAGAAUGAAAAUACAAGAAUUCUAGAGAGAGAAUGUAAUGGGCAGGGAGAAGAAUG